GUUGACUAUAAUGAUAGUUACAUAAGUGGGUAUUUUAUAUUGAUUAGCUUGUGAAUCAUAUUAGUUAUCUAACUCUUUUAAUCUUAUGAUAAUCACUACGGUAACAACAAAAUUUAAUCAUAGGAUUUUUCUCACUGAUAUUAAUAGACAUUCAACAAAUAUGUCGUGUUCUAGCUCUCCAAAAUGGUUAAGGGAAAUAGUGACAAACGUAACUGUUAAGCUAAAGUUCACAAAAAAACCUGAAAAUAGUUUACUGGAAUCAAACCAAUUGUAUUAUGACGAGGUUCUAAAAAUCUACCGUGAAGCAUUUGAAAAAUUAAUUGAAUGCUCAAUUACUUUUUCUGAUAUUCUUAUGGGAAUCAAAGAUGCCUAUGAAGAUGCUCUUCGCAUAAGAGAUCAUCGUAUUUCUCAUUUCAAAACACAAGAUGUAAGCAUUAUUUUGUUUUAUUGGUUUUUGUCAUUAAAAUCAAUAAUUAUUUCAGCAUUUAAAAUAGUUAUUAUUUUGUAUAUUUAACAGUUAAGGUUAGAUGUAGUAUGGACAAGAGUUUUCUAACGAUUUUUAAUCGUCUGGGGAUUUGGUCGUUAUCAUUUUAAAACAUUUGAUUGGCUGAUUUUUUAUGACCAAAUACGUGCACAUUAUAUAAUUAAGAGUAGCUCGGUGGCGCAGUGGAUAAGCGCCACGGCCCGCGAUCGUAUUCAUUAAGCAACUUUCGUGAGGGUCGGUCACGGGAUGGGUGACCAAAAUAUUAUUAUCUCGAACUACUCCGUACUUCGGAAGGCUUAAUGCCGUUGCUCCCGGCUGCAUUUGCAGUCAUUAAUACUCUCCAAUCCGCAUUGGGCCAGCGUGAAGGGUCAUGGCUCAUCCUCCUUAACCAUCUAUAAGGAAGGUCUGAGCCCCUGCAGUGGGGACGUAAAAGGGCUGGUGAUGAAUAUAAUUCCGCCAAUAAUUAAUAAAUAAUUCCGCCAAUAAUAAAUAAUUCCGGCUGGUGAUGAAUAUGAUUUACCAGGGCGAUCAAAUUAUCAGCCGAUUAAAAAUAACUGUGCAUUUCUAGUCUUCUGCACUUUUUGAUGUAGUGACUCAUUGCUAAGCUCCAAGACAUUUAGGUACUUAUUUUUCUAAAAACGAAAGAAAAAUUAAUUAGAAAAAAAACGAUUAUUUGCGCUACAAUCUACUUUUGUUCUUCGAUCUCUGGCGGUUCAUUGAAAUCCGAAUUACCCCAUUCUUUAC